AUGGACAAGGGCGUUACCAUUGAUAUUUCCAUGGAUCCAACCUCGAGUAAUUAUGGUUUUUCUGACUACUCCACAACUUAUCAUGACGCUCUUAAUGCCAUAGAUUUGACAGAGUGUAAAGAUUCUACUCAGUGGCCUGGAUACAGAAAAUUUGUUCAUGAACCAAGGGAUAAACGUAAGAUUAUAGGAGUCAGGAAAAAGAGAGUGCAACAGUAUGGAUUUGAACAAAGCUUGGCGAAUUGUUAUACUGCAACGGUAUACUUUUGGACUGGAGAUUCUUCUUAUGCCAAUCCUCUCCUUGUCCAACUUGGAGGAGAAAGCACGUAUUAUAGUUGGAAAUCUGAUGAUAGUUGGGGUCCGGAUUCAGAUGCAUCUGGUCAAUUUAUAACUAGACUGGACAAACAGAAUUGCAGACGUAAUAAAGCACAUGUCGCCAAUAUUUCAAAGGCCGAAUCUAAUACUUACGACUGUUAUGCUUGCAAAGACCGUGAACAGAAAAUCACAUUUUCUACAUCCUCAGAAGAAGCUGAUAGAGAAUACAAGAAAGUAGUUCACAGGAUAACUAGUGGCGAAAGUGGUCAUAAAAUUGGUAGGAUAGAUAAUAGCUAUCCUCCACAACAUGGUAUUAAGAUUAAAGGUACCAUCACAUCACUUAAUGUAUUCUAUUACCCCAAGACAGAUGACAGGGCCCUAAUAAUCCACUUUGAUGGUGCAUGGUUCACCAAAACCAAGAGCGCUGAUGAAUGGGAGAAAAAGAGAGGGAGCACACCGCAAGGAACUGAUGAUUUUUCAGGGAUACUUGAACUUAUAAAGGUUACAAAUGGAGCAAGCGAAGGACUUACUCCAGGAGCCAUAGCUGGUGGUGUAUUAGGGGCUGGACUCGGUGGAGCUGCGAUUGGACUUGGUCUAUGGAAGGGUAGAUCUUUUCUAAAGAAGAGAUUCAUCUUUUAAACGUUUGCCACAAGUUUUGUAGGUUAUCCUUUUAUCUCUUUGGAGUAUACUUUCUAGAAAGGAUUAACGGAUUCUUGGAACUAGAUGGAUACACAGCAUUAGUAACAUUUUGCAAUCUAUGGACUGAUUACCAGCAUCUGCGCCAGCUGGUCACUUGAGGAUCUUCCAGAUCAUCACCAUUUUGCUCUCCUCUUUCCACUCCUCCCUCAUUCACUCAUCAGGGACAUUGGUUUUAUGGAUGUGAACCGUCCUGUUAAUUUGAAUUACGAUAAAUCAUUCACUCUUCAUUCCUAUUGAUCAGACAGCCACGUUUGUCUCCUGUUGGAAAUUGUCUAUUUGUGGCAUGCUAGCCACUGCUACACGUAAAGAGAUGUUUUAGGUACACAAUCGCAUGGUGGUUACAGUCUUAUUGCGCUGUUUCACGGGAGUAAGCGCCGCGUACGCUGACGGCUUGGGAAUUUCGUCUUCAUACUGGAGCAACUUUUGGCCCUUUUCGGCGCUUCUUUUCAAUUUUUACCAUAAUAC